AUGAUGCGCAAGAAACCCAUAUUUUACGCAAAAGUUUCCCAACUGCACAGCGCGGUCUACAGCAGACUAACGGGAGCGGCCGCUGCGAAUCCUUUGGUGGCGUUCACUCUGAUCAAGCGACUGCACUCGGAGUGGCCCAAUGUGGUAUACAGCGAGGAAGCCCAGGAAAACACCCAAGCCCUCAGAACUGGCUAUGGGAGUGUGGAGUGGAGCCUGCCCAAGCAGGAGGACAUCCAAGGGGCUGCCCAGGGCCUCAUGAGGCUGCAGGAUGUGUAUGCGCUGCGUGUGGAGGGGCUGGUCCGAGGACACUUCCAGAGACUGACCAACCAAGGCAACACUGUGGACAUCUACCACCCUCACGUGUCCAUCCCUCUCUCGGGAGACGACUGCUUCCUAGUGGGGAAAGUUGCCUAUGACGUGGAGGACUACUACCACUCGGUGCAGUGGCUGGAGGAGUCGGUGCGACUCUUCAGGCGGGCAGAGCUGGCAUGGAGGCCUGAGAAUGAGGGCAGUCUGGAGGACGCCCUGGACCAUCUGGCCUUCUCGCAUUUCAAGACAGGAAACAUUUCUUAUGCAUUGAGUCUCUCGCAGGAGUUGCUACGUCACGAUCCCUUAAAUGGAAGAGUGUUGCUCAACAUAGAGAAGUACGAGAGGCUUCUUGUUGAGAAUCCAUACAAUGCCACUGCUGUCGGUGUUUUAAAGAGACCCUCCACCACUUACCUGAGGACCAGGAACACCUACGAGAGACUCUGCCAGACUCAAGGUUCUCAGCCAAAGCACUAUGAGGAUCCGGAGCUGUUCUGUGAUUACUUCACCAAUGGCAGCCCAGCACUGCUCCUGCAACCGAUGAGACGAGAGGUCGUGAGUUUUCAGCCCUAUGUGGUGCUCUACCACAACUUCAUCACCGAUGGCGAAGCAGAGAGCAUCAAGAACGUGGCUCAGCCAGCUCUGAGAAGGUCUGUUGUGGCAUCUGGUGAGAAUCAAGCCACCGCUGACUACCGUAUCAGUAAAAGUGCAUGGAUAAAGGACACGGCCCACCCCAUAGUUGGAAAACUGGACGAGCGCAUUCACACGCUGACCGGGUUGAACGUGCAGCAUCCGUACGGGGAGUACCUCCAGGUGGUCAACUAUGGCAUCGGAGGCCACUAUGAGCCCCAUUUUGACCAUGCCACAUCAAAGUCCAGUCCACUUUACAGACUCAAAACUGGAAACCGAGUAGCUACCUUCAUGAUAUACCUCAGCGCGGUGGAGGCAGGUGGAUCGACGGCCUUCAUCUACGCCAACUUCAGUAUUCCGAUUGUGCAGAAUGCCGCCCUCUUCUGGUGGAACCUGCACCGUAAUGGACAAGGGAACGGAGACACGCUGCAUGCUGGAUGCCCCGUCCUUGUUGGGGACAAGUGGGUGGCUAACAAGUGGAUCCACGAGUAUGGGCAGGAGUUUCAGCGACGCUGCAGUCCCAACCCUGACGAGUGAGAGAAAAGGAACCACGUCAUAUACAGAGGGAGUGGAGAGCAGACAGAGAGAAAGAUAGAGAGAAAAACAGAGAGAGAGAGAGAGAGAGAGAGAGAAAGAAAUUAGGAGCUGAUCUUGUCUGGGACCGCUUGGAGUACAA